AUAAUAACCAUGUUGAGAUCUUUUGUUUCUACUCAAAGAGCAUCUAUUCGUUCUUUAGCUACUUUUGCUUCUCCUGAAUCAGUUUUACCAAAAAAAUAUGGUGGUAAAUAUACUGUUACUUUAAUUCCUGGUGAUGGUAUUGGUAAAGAAAUUACUGAUUCAGUUAAAACCAUUUUCCAACAAACCAAUGUUCCAAUUGAAUGGGAAGUUGUUGAUGUUUCCGGUUUAGGUGAAUCAACUGGUGUUACUGAAGCCGUUGAAUCUUUAAAAAGAAAUAAAGUUGGUUUAAAAGGUAUUUUAUAUACUCCAACCACUUCUUCCGGUAAAUCUUUAAAUGUUGCAUUAAGAAAAGAAUUGGAUAUUUAUGCUUCUUUAGUUUUAAUUAAAAAUAUCCCUGGUGUUAAAUCAAGAUUAGAUAAUAUUGAUUUUGCUUUAGUUAGAGAAAAUACUGAAGGUGAAUAUUCUGGUUUAGAACAUCAAUCUUAUCCUGGUGUUGUUGAAUCCUUAAAAAUCAUGACUAGAUUCAAAUCUGAAAGAAUUGCUAAAUUUGCUUUUGAUUUUGCUAAAAAAAAUAAUAGAAAAUUAGUUACUGCUAUUCAUAAAGCUAAUAUCAUGAAAUUAGGUGACGGUUUAUUCAGAACUACUGUUAAAGACGUUGGUGCUUUAUACCCAGGUAUUAACGUUAGUGAUUUAAUUGUUGAUAACGCUUCUAUGCAAGCUGUUGCUAAACCUGAACAAUUUGAUGUCUUAGUUACUCCUAAUUUGUAUGGUUCUAUUCUUUCUAAUAUUGGUGCUGCUUUAAUCGGUGGUCCUGGUUUAGUUCCUGGUGCUAACUUUGGUAGAGAAUAUGCUGUUUUCGAACCUGGUUGUAGACAUGUUGGUUUAGAUAUUAAAGGUCAAAAUACCGCUAAUCCAACCGCUAUGAUCUUAUCUGCUACCAUGUUAUUAAGACACUUGGGCUUAAACCAACACGCCGAUUCAAUCUCUAAAGCUACUUAUGACGUUAUCGCUGAAGGUAAAGUUAGAACUAGAGACAUCGGUGGUACCUCCUCAACUACUGAAUUUACUGAAGCCAUCUUAGCUAAAUUAGAUUAAACAAGCUAGUCCCUCCUUCUUUUUUUCUCUAUCAUUUAUUCAUUUAUAAACAAUAAUAUAUUUCAAUCGUU